UACCAAAGCAAAGUGUACACCAUUUAUUUUAAUUACCUAUGCGGUAUGCUACAAAUAUAAGUAACGUUAGCCUCUCACUUUUAACUUUUUUGCUCCGGCGACCGUACAGGUGGCCACACGCUGUAUUUCGGGUUAAACGUGCAGAUGAUAAAAUUGCAGUCAGCACAACGGGGCUUUUGUUUACAUAGCUUAGCUAGCGUUAGCUAUUUCAGUAACAUUAACUGUAUUCGAGUAACUCAAACACGUAGCUAGCUGUCUCCACCGACACACACGUCGAAAUAACGUAAUCCGAAUGUAUUUCAAACGAUUAAUCGUCAACGUUAGUUAGCUGUUUUCAGUUAGGUACGCCCAUUGAACUGGUUCGUUUGUUUUUUUAAAACGAUUAUUAAAAACGAUAUCACCAGCGUUGUUAUCAGCUAACUUUAUCUUAGUAUUAUUAGACUAGUUCUUUUGCACAGCUACAUAAAGGAGGCAUUCUUACGGUGCGUUCGGGUCCGAGGGUUUCCCCGCUGGAGUUUACCAAAAGCAAGCUUGGUGGAUGCACUUAGAUGUGUGCAAUGAGUGCUGUGGCUGGCGCGCCCCGGAGUUUCGGAUCCCCCCGCUCUGCGCUCCGUAGGAGAACGUGAUGAGCACGGCCGUCCCAGGAGGGGUGCGCUCCACGGACACCUCGUCUCUGGACAUGGCUGCGGGCUCAGACAGGCCUGAGUCAGUAGAGGCCUUCCCUGUAGUUGUGGAGAAGUCCGGCUACCAGAUCUGCAGCAGCAGCUCCAGUUACUCACACAACUAUAUCGGCCUGCCCUAUGCGGACCACAACUAUGGCGCUCGGCCCCCGCCCACGCCGCCCGCCUCGCCCCCGCCCACCCUUCUGCUCCGGGGCGGGGAGGGGCUCUUCACGCCGGCCAAUCAGGACGAGGCGUCGCGCGGCACCUCCUUCAGCACCUCAGAGGACAGCAGCUACGGGGCCGACAUCACGCGCUGCAUCUGCGGCUUCACCCACGACGACGGAUACAUGAUCUGCUGCGACCGCUGCAGUGUGUGGCAGCACAUAGACUGCAUGGGCAUAGACAGGCAGCACAUCCCCGACACGUACCUGUGCGAGCGCUGCCAGCCGCGCUGCCUGGACAGAGAACGCGCCGUCCUGCUGCAGACCAGGAAGAGGGAGAGCCUGUCCGACGGGGACACCAGUGCCACAGAGAGUGGGGAUGAGAUUCCCCUGGAGCUGUACACGGCGUUCCAGCACCCGCCCCCCAGCAUCACCCUCACCGCCACGCGGACCCCCAGCAAACCUGUCGACAAGAAGCGCAAGAAGAGCGGCGACAAGGAGCCCGGGCCUGGCCCCGCCCGAGCCAAGAAGGCGUUUCGCGAGGGGUCCCGGAAGUCAUCCAGAGUCAAGGGCUCUGCUCCGGAGCUGGACCCCACGGACCCCCCCUCCCCAUGGGAGAGUAAGAUGAGGGUGUGGAUGGAGCAAUAUGAAGAGGCCAAGAGCAACCAGUACAGUGAGGACAUGCAGCUGCUCCUCAGAGUCAAGGAGACCAGAGACGCCAAGAGCCUCACCUGCAGCACACACACUGCUGCCUUCAAGCCCCCUGCACAGAGUCAGGUGCAGAGGAACAGGAGGAUUCUGAGGGCGGUCUGUGACCUGGCCCCUAACGCCCUCAUCAUGGAGUAUCGGGGGAAGUUCAUGCUACGCCAGCAGUUUGAAGCCAACGGCUGUUUCUUCAAGAGGCCGUACCCCUUCGUGCUCUUCUACUCCAAGUUCCACGGGCUGGAGGUGUGUGUGGACGCCCGCAGCUUCGGCAACGAGGCCCGCUUCGUCCGCCGCUCCUGCACCCCCAACGCCGAGGUGCGUCAUGUGAUCGAGGACGGCACGCUGCGCCUGUACAUCUACUCUCUGAGGCACAUCGGCAAGGGCAGCGAGGUCACCAUCGGCUUUGACUACGACUACGGCAACUGUAAGUACAAGGUGGACUGUGCGUGUCUGAGGGGGAGCCCGCACUGUCCGGUUCUGAGGCAGAGCGCGGAGCCCACGGAGAACCUGGGUUCGGGGAACGACGCGCGGCGCCGGCGGGCCAGCAGAGACAGGGUCCCGUCCCGCGAGGGCGAGGCCACGCAGAACCAGAACAUCACCCUGGACUGCGACAUCGCCAACGGCAACGCCAAGGGCAAGGCCCCCUCCGACGCCAAGCACAGGAGACUGUCCCCGCUCCGCCUGUCCAUCUCAAACAACCAGGAGCCUGAGUUGAUAGAGGAUAUGGAAGAGCAGAGCUCCAUUAGCAAUGACGUAGAGAUGGAGUCAGAGGAGCAGGCUGCCGAGAGGAGGAGGAAGAUGACGCGGGAGGAGAGGAAGAUGGAGGCCAUCCUGCAGGCGUUCGCGCGCAUGGAGAAGAGGGAGAAGAGGCGGGAGCAGGCCCUGGAGAGGAUCGGCACCAAGACCGACCUGAAGGAGGAGCCCCCCGCCACGCCCGAAAUGGAGAGCCCAGCCGCGCUGCAGCCGGCGCUGGAGGCGCUGAAGGAGGAGCCGGUGCCGGUGGCGGUGUCCAUGGCGGCGAAGGUGAGCCGGGCGCGGCAGCGUAAGAGCCUGUCGCGGAGCCGCACGCACGUGGGGCAGCAGCGCCGCCGCACCCGCAGCCUGAGCGUGUGCUCCGAGCCGCCGCCCGCCUCGCCCGGAGACCCCGCCCCCGCCCCCGCCCCGCCCGCCGAGCCGCCGGACGCCCAGCCCCCCGCCACGCCCGAGCCCGAGGCCCCGCCCGCCCACGCCUACACCCACGACCCCGACGCCACCCCGCCCCACAGCGGGUCCCCGGCGCCCCCCUGCCGCUCCGCACACAGAUACCCCAAAACCAAGAAGCACUUGGUGAGCGAGUGGCUGGGCGAGAGGCCGGAGGAGCCGGCUCCGGAGCGCCCCCUGCGGGUGAGCAGCGACCCCGAGGUGCUGGCCACGCAGCUGAACGCGCUGCCGGGCCUGGGCUGCAGCCCGCAGGUGUACGGCACGCCCAAGCACUACGUGCGCUUCUCCUCGCCCUUCCUGGGUGCCCGCGGCAACCCCGGCCCCGCCUCCACGCCUGCCACGCCCGCCCCGCCCGCCGGGCGCCGCCGCUCCCGCGAGCUGCCCGAGACCCCGCCCACCUCCGGCUCCUGCAAGAAGCGCUGGCUCAGACAGGCUCUGGAGGAGGAGAGCUCCCCCAGGCACCCGGGCCUGACCUCCCCCAGCGAGGGGCCCCUCAGCCCCUGCCUGAACGGAGACCCACACAGCCCCCUGCCCUACAGCGCAGGCUGCAGUUUACCAGAGCUCCCAGCCCCUCUGAAGAAGCGGCGCUUGUCCCCUCUGGACUCCUGUGUGUCUGAGGGCUCCACGCCCUACGGCUCGCCCUGCGCCACGCCCUGCGCCACGCCCUGCGCCACGCCCUGUGCCACGCCCUGCGCCACGCCCACACGCAGCGAGGUGCCAGACACGCCUGGGACGCCCCUCCCCCUGGCCACCCCGCCCCGCCCCCGCGCAGAGGAACAGGGCUCUGAUCCCGCCCCCUCUACUCCUACACACACACCCCAGGCACCUCUCCAUGCUGUCCUGCAGGAGAGCGAGUCCUCUCCAGAAAUCUCCCCUGAGGAGAGUCACAGACCCGACAGCUCAGAGGGCGAGUGCCCCCCCGCGCUGCUCUCCUCCCCCCAUGCUCAGAGGCCCGGCCUGGACACGCCUCCCCAGGAGACCAGUCCCCGCCCACCCCAGCCCCAACCCCAGGAGUGCGGGGAGGAUGAGGCGGGGGAGGAGGGGCCAGACGACGGUGCCGACGCCCCCCUCACGGACCCGCCCACCCCCUCCUACCCGUCCUGGACCACGAGCCCCUCCCUAAACUCCAACCUGCGGGACCUGACGCCCUCCCACACCCUGGACCAGGGGCUGCUCUGCUGCCCUCCCUCUGAGGACCCCCGCGCCCUGGGAGGGGAUGGGACAGAGGGGGGCAUCGGGGGCUUACACACACCCCCUCAGAAGAAGAAGGUGUCCCUGCUGGAGUACAGGAAGCGGCAGAGAGAGGCUCGGAGGAGCGGCUCCAAUCCCGAGUGCAGCUCCCCCCUCUCCACAGCGCCUCCUCUGGCCAGACUGGGCAGCGCAGCUCUGGAGGACAGCCUCGUUGCCAUGGAGACUGCCCCAGAGCCCCACGCCCACACAAGCAGGGCAGCCUCUGAGGCCCCCCACCCCAGUGAGGUCACAGAGACCCCCCCGCAGGGCGAGAGAGAGGGGGGAGAGGGACACUGGACAUCGUCCACAUCAGUAGAGGAGGCAAGAGAGCGCAGCUACCAGCGCAGCCUGCAGUUUACUGACCACCACAAGGACACAGACAGAGGAGACGCAGAAGGGGAGGCAGGAGGACUGAAGCAGUGCAGCUCCCCCUGCAGGAGCCCGUCCGCCCUCCAGCCGUGCUCCCUUGAUGCUGGUCCGGUGUCAGAAGAGGACAGCGCCCCCUGUGUCCUACCCUCCGUCCAGCAGCCCAGCGUGGCCCCACUGACCCCCACUAUAGCCCAGUGCCCCCCCACAGCAGCCGCUCCGGGUCCGUACCCCGGCCCCUCCCUGCUGCUCCCUCCCCAUCCCCAGCCCCCCCCCACCAGCCCUGCUGCGUACACCCAGUACAGCUUCCAGAGCGCGCCCCCACCCCCUCCGCCCCCCCCUGCCCCCGCGGGGCCCUACCCCGGGCACUUCCCCCCCACCUCCCAGACUCACCACGCCCUGCACUUCCAGAGCUCCGCCCCGCCCCCUCCCCCCCGGCUGCACGGCCUGGCCCCCUGUUCUGCUGGGCUCCGCCCCCUCCCCGCCCCCUCCCCCUCAGAGCCACGCCCCCAGCAGCAGCCCAGCAGCGCCUGCCUCCUGUCCCUGCAGCAAGCCCCGCCCCACCCCCGCCCCGGACCAUCCCUCACGGCCGCGCCCCAUUUCCCGGCCUCGGGGCCUUCCAGACCCCCGCUGCACCCCCCUCCACCUUCCAGGCCCAUCAACAGGGCACGCUCCCGCCCCCUCCCCCGCCCCCACCCCAACAGACUCCUCCCACCCAGACCCUGCCCCCGCGCAGGUACAUUACCUGGUGAAGUGCAGCCGGCGCUGUAGGGCGGGGGCUGAGGGGCGCUGUAGGGCAGGGGCUGAGGGGCCCCUCGCUGGGGGAGGGGGGUGUGCGGAACACUCGCCGAGCUCGUUGAGGUGUGCAGAACCCGGGACUCUUAAACGAGGGUGCUUUUUAAAAGACUUCUUUAAAGAGGGGGAAAAAAGAAGAGACUAAAACAAUCUUGUAAAGAGACUUUCUGUGGAACACAGAGGGAUGGCGGUGCUUGUGGCCCGUUCUCUCUGGCACUGUUCCAACUGAAGACAAUUUUUAUCAUUUCUUUUUUUUUAAUUUUCCUGACCGUGGCUGAAAGCCCUGUUCGUCUGUUCAUCUGUCUGAGUUACUAGUUUUCUGUUUCGUCGUACAUUCCAUAGUCCUGUCCUUUCCUCGACGUUUUUUUACAACCCCAAUUCCAAAAAAGUUGGGACGGUAUGGAAAAUGCUAAUAAAGCAAAAAGGAGCGAUAAUGUAAAUUCUAUUCACCCUGUACUAUAUUGAAAACACUACAACAGAACGUUAUUUGACGUUUUACCUUGUGAAUUUCAUUGGUUUUUGGAAACGUACACUCAUUUCAAAUCUGAUGACUGCAACACGCUCCAAAAAAGUUGGGACAGUCGAGUGUUUACCACUGUGUAACAUCACCAUUUCUUUUAAUAACACUUAUUAAGCGUUUGGGCACUGAAGACACCAGUUGGUUAAGAUUAGCAAGCGGAAUUUUCCCCCAUUCUUCCAUGUGCAGGUCUUCAGCUGCACAGUUGUAUGGGGCCUUCGUUGCCGUGUUUCGCACUUCAAAAUGCGCCACACAUUCUCAAUCAGAGACAGGUCAGGACUGCAGGCAGGCCAAUCUAUCGUUUCCUCUUUCAAAAAACAAUGAAGUUAACUAGGUAAAACAUGAAGUACCUUGUCUUUAUACAGUUUUUGUUUGAAUUCAAGUCAAAAUUUACAAAUUACUGCUUUUUUUUAUUUGCAUUUCAUUUACCGUCCCAACUUUUUUGGAAUUGGGGUUGUGAACGCAUUCGUUUGUUUAUUUAGUGGUUCAUUUUAGCAAAAGGGGGGAAAGUAUUUUGUACAAAAGAAAAUACAGAAUUAUUAUUUUUGUUAUUCCUAUCUGUAACGAUAUCUGUGCAUUUGCUGCAGAGAUUUAGAGAGAAAAAUAUUCUGGGAGAUUGCAUCACUGUCGCCUGGUGUGUGUGUGCGUGCACGUGUGUGUGUCUGUGAGAGAGAGAGUGAGUGAGAGAGAGGAGAGAGUGAACCUAAGCAAAUGUCCACUCGGCUGUCAGUGAAACCUAGCCGAGGUCUUUCCUGUAGGCAGGGCAACUAAUCGUUUAUUUUUGGAUUUGAAGGGUCAUUUGUAGAAAGUGUAAAUGAAUGUAAAAUAGAUGGUUUCAUAGCUGUAAAUAGUGGCUUCUCUCCUUUUCUAUGCUUGUACAUGCCUCCCAUCCCAUUUUGUAAAUCGGAGCACUCUACGCAAAGCUGACUGUUUCUGUGACAGUAGCACUAUUGUAUUUUCUUUUCUGUCUUAUUCUGUCGUUUUUUUUCCCCUUAUUAAUAUUGUGUGUUUUUGUGUGUGGGAGCGUGUGUGUGUAUGUGUGUGUGCGUGCAUGCAUGUGCGUGUGUGUGUGCGCAUAUGUGUGUGCGUGCGUGUGUGUGCGUGUGUGUGGAAGUGUGACUUGCACCGCACUUGUUGCUGUUCUCCUUGCUCAUUAAAAUCACAGUGAUGUCAGUUUUAUACCA